AUGGAUAAGUCUUGGAUGCAUGCUGAUAGGAGAUCACAUACAUAUAAGCUAGGUGUUCAGGAAUUCCUUAAGUUUGCUGUAGAGAAUGCAAGCGAUAUAGAUCAUAUCUGCUGUCCCUGUGCUAAAUGUGGGGGUACAGAUGGGUUUUUAUCAGCUAGGAUGAUAAAAGAUCAUCUAUAUUGGAAUGGUAUAGAUGAGAGUUACAAAGAUUGGGUAUGGCACGGAGAACCUUCUAGGGCAACGAUGAAUGCCCUUGAAGGGAUAUCUGAAGCUACUGUUGAUAUGGUAGAAGAUGGAGAUGGGGCAGAUAAUAUAGGGCUGGAAGAUCAGGGAGAAAAUAGGGCUAGUGAGGAUGAGCAGUUUAUCGAUAAUGGUGAGGAAGAGCAGUUUGUUGAUAAUGGUGAGGAUGAGCAGUUUUCAGUUGAAUCGAAUGACUUCAUGAAGCUAGUUGAGGAUGGAGAUAAAGCUUUGUACCCUGGUUGUACGAAGCACACAAAAUUAAAUGCACUUAUACAGACCUAUAACCUUAAAGCAAAACAUGGCAUGUCUAAUGUGUGCUAUUCUGACAUGUUGAUCAUGAUCGCCAUGUUUCUUCCUGAAGGUAAUGAGAUACCAAGUUCACAUUAUGAGGCCAAAAAGACUUUGGUUUCAUUAGGAAUGGACUACAAAAAGAUACAUGCAUGUCCUAAUGACUGCAUUUUGUAUAGAGGACAGCAUGCUGAUGCAACUAGUUGUCCUACAUGUGGGGAGUCAAGGUGGAAAUUAGGGAAAGAUAGUACUGUGAAGCAAGGGGUACCUGGGAAGGUAUUGUGGUACUUUCCCCCAAUCCCAAGGUUCAAGCGCAUGUUUCAGUCCACAAAAACUUCCAAAAGCCUAACUUGGCAUGAGUAUGAGAGGAGGAAGGAUGAGUUUAUGCGUCAUCCGGCAGAUUCCCCCACUUGGAAGUUAGUAGACCAAAAAUGGCCAGACUUUGGCAAUGACCCUAGGAACAUCAGACUUGCACUUUCAUCCGAUGGUUUCAAUCCCCACAGCUCUUUAAGCAGUAGAUAUUCUUGCUGGCCAGUUAUACUAGUUACGUAUAACCUCCCACCAUGGCUGUGCAUGAAAAGGAAGUUCAUGAUGCUAACUAUGCUGAUUUCAGGACCUAAACAACCCGGAAAUGACAUUGAUGUGUACUUGCAGCCCUUAGUUGAUGAUUUAAAAGCUUUGUGGGAUGGGAUAGAUGGAGUCUAUGAUGCAUUUAGAGGAGAAUACUUCAAACUGAAAGCUGUUCUCUUUUGGACAAUUAAUGACUUUCCUGCUUAUGGGAACUUGUCGGGCAGUAUCACUAAGGGAUACAAUGGCUGUCCUAUAUGUUGUGAGAACACAAAACCUCAUCGGUUGUCUCAUGGACAAAAGAUGAGCCAUAUUGUUCACCGGAGAUGGUUACCGCGCCAUCAUCCUUAUAGAAGGCAGACUAAGGAGUUCAAUAACCUACCAGAAUAUGAAACUGCCCCUGAACCUUUAAGUGGAGAAGAGGUCUUGCAAAGGGUUGAGGGGAUGAACCGACCAUUCGGUGAAAAGAACCCUUCUCCAACAUAUAAGGGUCUAGAAGAUGAAAGCAGACCUUGUUGGAAGAAGAAGUCCAUAUUCUUUGAUCUUGAGUAUUGGAAAUUUCUUCCGGUUCGACAUAAUCUCGAUGUCAUGCACAUUGAGAAGAAUGUAUGCGAUAGCAUUAUCGGUACAUUAUUCAACAUUCCUGGAAAAACAAAGGAUGGAGUCGCUGCUAGGUUGGAUAUGGUAGAUAUGGGCAUAAGGACUGGUUUGGCACCAGAACCUGGGAAAAAAAAAGACAAGCUGCCUUUGGCAACUUGGAAUCUGCUGGUAGAAGAGAAAAGAGCAAUGUGCAUGUCUUUUUUCAGCAUGAAAGGUCCGUACGGAAUUUCCUCAAAUAUAAGGAAUCUUGUUUCCUUGGAUGACCUAAGGCUGGUGGGGCUCAAAUCACAUGAUUGUCAUAUGGUCAUGCAACAGCUACUUCCUAUUGCUAUACGUUCAAGUUUAGAGAAGCCAGUCCGGUAUGCAAUCAUUCGGUUUUGUUUGUUCUUUAAGGCUAUAUGCAGUAAAGUGAUAGAUGUUAGAGAGCUAAAAAAAAUGCAAGAAGACCUCGUUCUGACAGUUUGUGAGCUUGAAAAGUAUUUUCCACCUUCGUUUUUCGACAUCAUGAUUCAUCUCACAGUUCAUCUUGUCAGAGAAGUUGAGCUUUGUGGACCAGUAUUCUUUAGGUGGAUGUACCCUUUUGAACGGUACAUGAAAACCCUCAAAGGCUAUGUUAGAAAUCGAAACAAUCCAGAGGGUUGCAUUGCUGAGUCCUAUAUUGCUGAAGAAGCCGUGGAAUUUUGCUCAGAACGUGCACUUUCUGAAGAUAUAGUUGGCAUCCCAUCAGUAGGCAUAUUUGACGUAACUUGCAGCAAACCCUUAUCUGGUGCUACUAUUGUAUCUGUCUAUGGAAGGGAGUUGGAGCUAGCACAUCUAUGUGUGUUACAGAAUACAGAGGAAGCAAGACCAUACUUCGAAGAACAUAUGGAGAUUUUGAAGCAUACCUAUCCAAGGUUCAAAAAAAAUGAAAAUUGGCUGACCAAUAAGCAAAAUUUAACUUUUGUUAGCUGGAUAAAGGAGAGGGUUCUUGAAGAAUUGGGCAAUCCUAAUCAUGGAAUCUCUGAAACUUUGAGGUGGAUUGCAGAUGGACCGAAUCCGGAUGUACCUACAUUUUGUAGUUACAUGGUCAAUGGGGUUCAUUUCAAUACCAAGGAACGUGAUGAUGUUAGGAAAGUGCAAAAUAGUGGUGUUUUCCUAAAUGUCCGUGCUUUACAAGUAUCUAGUGCGAAGGACAAAAACCCCAAACUGGAUGAUAUGCAAUUUUAUGGGGUGAUUACAUCAAUUUGGGAGAUGGACUAUCAACAGUUUAGAAUCCCUGUGUUUAAGUGUGAUUGGGUUGAAAAUGCCAAGGGCAUUAUAGUAGAUGAGUUUGGGUUUACAGAUUAUGCCCACGAUGGGGAUGAAGAAGAAGAGCUUGACAAUUUGGAACUUGAGCAACAGCCCUUUGUAGCAAGAAUGCCAGCAAUUGAGUCGUAUGACAAUGCAGUUGGUGAUGAUGAGAAUCGCUACUUGCGAGAAGGGAAUGAAGGGAUAUGGAUUAUGGCACCUUCAACGCGAAGACCUUCAUCUCAAGCACUAGCAAUGGCUAAGAGAAUGAGAGAAAUUCAGUUGGGGACAAGGUAUACUACCAAGAGAUCAAAGGGAACCAGUAAGGCUUCAGUACAUGGUGCAUCAAAGGCCUUGUCAUUGAUUUGA